AUGACUAGAAACCAGAAUCAUGAUGAUAAUUCAUCAUCAUCAUCCAGUCAGAAGAGGUUCAAGACUUUUGACAGGGAUGGUGUCGCAUUUUUGUCAGAUCUUCACCAUGAUGUGCUUUUUUUGGUAAUGAUGCGACUGGGAUUUAUUGAUUUUUUUGCAUUCAGUGGAGUUUGCAAGUCAUGGAGGUCAUUUGCACUCGCUAACAUGAACAGGUUUAUGGCGUCCAAACCACCCAUGUCAAUACGUGUUGACCACUAUCCUGAUAAUAAAAAGACAUGGCACCUGAAGGACUUUGAAGGAAGAAAGUUCAAAACCACCAUUCCCCAUUCUGCUUGGAGAAGAUGUGUUGGAUUAACUUGUGGUUACUUGGUCUUGAUGGGGAGGGAUACCCAUGACUUCUGGCUUGUGAAUCCUAUCACAAGGCAUGAACAUUAUUUCACUGAUCACCCGUUAUAUGUAGGUGUAGGUGAUCAUCUUGUAACUAUCAGGCCUAUCCUUGUCUUUUUGCCUUCAAUAUCUGGGUGGGUAUUUGUUAUGUUACAUAGAAAAGAAUCCUCAUAUAGAAGGUCAGAUAGAGCUCGUAAGGGAAAAAUAUCAUUUUCUAUAGAAGGUAAACAAGGAUGGAAUCAUGUCUCCUCCACUCUCCCCAUCGUUGGUUUACAAUAUUUCAAGGGGAAGAUAUAUACCCUACACAUUGAUUUCUCUGUGCGGGAACUCAGAAUCUAUCCAAAUCGGAAGCGCAAAUGGACGUUGCUUGAAACCAAUAAUUUUCCAGAUCCAGACUUGUUUUUCCAAACCAAUAAUUUUCCAAAGCCAGACUUGUUUUGGCCGGAGCUUGUAAACUCAGGUGAAAACCUUUAUGUGAUAGAUUGGUUUGCACCAAACGAGGUUCUGGAACUAGAUAUUGGUGAAAUGAAAUGGGUGUCACCAGAAAAGACAAUAGGAGAAUAUGCAGUCUUUCUUAACAUGUGCGGAUCUUCUGCUGCUAUUAAACCUGAGUCAUGGGUUGGCCCUCGGACACAAUACAAGAGUUAUGAUAAGUUUCUUGAUACUGAUAGAAGUCGAGUACACCAUAUCGAUUCAAACUCGAUGUGGUACUUCCCCCAUGAUUGUGUUAGUGUUAAUCUCUUAGAUGAUCAGUGA